AUGACUUUCCAGAGCGCCCAGUCUCCGGCAGCCAGUGGGCACCAUGAAGACAUUGCCAACCUCCGUCGGGCCCAGCCAAACCCCAUGCCGACUCCUGCUCACCCUCAUCUGGCAGCCAGCACGGGGGCCCCCGCGGACCCGGCCUGCGGAGUCCUGAGGGCGCCGGGUCUACGCAGCGCCGGCGACCGGUCUACAAGGAUGCGAGGCUCGGGCCCUUUAAGAGCCCGCCCCGCUCGCGACGGGCCCGCCCCCCGGGCCGAGGAGGGUGCGGGGGCCACCGUCUGCCUGCCUCCGACCGCGGGCGCGCGGCGCAACCCGAUCUCCUUGGACUUGAAUGAGAAGCGGGCGGCGGCGCUCAGCUGCGGAUCGGCCGGCGCGCAGGCUGAGCCCGGCGGCCCCGCGCCCCGGCCGCCCGCCCGUGCCCCGCACGCCGCCCGCGGCCACGGCACGCCGCCCCGGGAUUCCUGCUCGGCGGCCGGGGGACCCAGCUCGCCCCGGGGACCUCCGCGGCGCCCCGAGCCCGCGCCGCGCCGCUCGCUGUAUGCGGGGCCCGAGCCCCGCGCGCCGGCCGGAGCCGCCCCCGUGCCCCGCGCCUCGCGCCCCGCGCCGCCCGUGACCGCUUGA